GGUCAAUAAUGUCAGUUGUCAAAGGUAGCAACUGCCAGUUGAAUUUAAAGCAUUGCUAGAAGCACGCACGUUCGUCAAUCUCGAUUUUCCUUUUCUGACAUCUUGCUUUUCUUGAACUUUACGGAGGAAUGACUUCCCACCGCUUUGAGACCCCGCUUCGUCGAUCAGCUGCGGACAUCUACCACGGGGGCGUGUCCCGCGUGUUGACCCCGCUGGCCAACAACGAGUUGGAAAGGCGGGAAGCUUGUCGCCGCUCUCUCUUCCAGCAUCAACAGUGCCAAAGCACUCUGGAGUCCAUCGAGGACAACGAAAAGAUCCGCCAGUGCCUGGAGAUGUACAGUAGCAACAAGCUGAGCAAGGACAAUGCUUGGAAUCUUACGCUAAUCGAUUCGCUAGCUAAUUUGCUGGAAGACCAUCACAAGCGGAUGAGCAACUUCAGGCUGGCUGGCUCCUCACUGGAGGCCUCUUCCAAGGUUUAUGGUCUGCGGGUGGACUCCAUCUACAUGGAUGCCAUGCGCAUAUCCGCCGGCCUAAGUGCCCGCACUCUCACGGACAAGCAACUCAACGCUGCCGAGGAUGAUGAUGGACCCCAACCCGAUCAGGCACCGGCUGAGGGGCAAGAUCUAGCAGAUCAAGCUCAAAAAGAAGCAGCACCCAAGCCUAAAAGGCAAAAGAAACCCAAGUCCACCGUGACCAAGAAUAGGGACACUCUCAAUAGCCGCCUAGAUACGGCCUCCUUACAGGAUCCCGUCUUUGGAAAACUCAAAUCCACAGUGGGCUCUAUUAAUGACCCUAAUCGGCUGAUGCACAACAUCCUAACCAGCUUGGACUCCGAGCUGCGCCUGCGCACAACCUACAGGUUCUGGAACAGCGAAGAGUGCACAGAGGAGGUUCAGGACCACACUACCCUUAACGCAGACAUGGAACAGUGGCCGGCUGAAUCGCUGAUAAGUACAACCUUUAUGCGUGAACUGCUUCCCCAUGCUGAAAGUACAAAUCUGCGUCCAUUGCACACUGGCUAUAUCAUCUCAAGUGCUCCUAAUCCCAAGCCCAUGCAGGAUGAAGAUCAGCGUAAUGAGGAACUGGAUAUUGUUGACGAGAUUUCCAUGGCCUUCGACAUCAACGCAGAGUGUGAGCCCAUGCCCGAUUUAGAUGUAGCUGCUCCUCUGGUACUGGAAGUGGACUCCAAUGAGCUGGACGAGCUCACCACCGAGGAGCAAAUGGUGCUCAAAAAUUGUGGCCAGCUACGCAAGCCCACGGAGUUCCUCAAGGAUUUGCGCCCAGUUGACGGAAACUCCAAGCUGGAGUACUGCUACAGGCCGAUGGAGAACAUUUCUCAGUUUUGGGCCGGACCCUCCCAUUGGAAGUUCAAGCGCACGACCAAAGGUCCUGAGGACAACCGAAGUAGACGGCCCAAGAUGUCGUCUCAUCAGACCGUCAGUCGUAAAGCCAAGGCUCUUGCUUAUGACAAAGUGACGGAGGAAGCCUUCGAGCAGCAGGAUUCUACCAAAAGGCAGCGCAGGGCGAAUUUCCUAAAGUGGGACCCUAGAAAACUGGUAUUGCCAACUCAGUUCAACUUGGGCCCAGACUUUUUCUAUAAGUACGACUCGGCACCCAGCAUCAAAUUGUCGAAAGGUGUGGGAGAGCCUGAUUUGGAAAUGGGUGGAGAACUUGUGAUCGGUACGGAUGACGAACUGCACCACGGUGCUGAUAACGACGAGGAUCUAUUUAAUAACGAACUUUUUACCGAUGCUGUUCCUGCUGACGUCAGCAUUGUUGAGGCGAUGGCCUUAGAAAGAUCAAAAGGCAUGUUGGAUAUGACUGCUACCAGCGAAAAUUUACUCUUGGAAAUUGGCACAGAGUUCGAGGGGGCUCCAUCGCAUGUUACCAAAGUUAAUAUACCAUAUGCAAAGCAAGCCAAGGUGAUUGACAUGAAAAAUCUGAAAAGGUCCUGCAACUCGCUGAUUCAGAAACAACUUCUGAACGAUGUGCCUGAGGAUGUGGUACCCUCGCAUCCAAGGAAGAAGGAUGAACAGUAUGCCAAGGGUGUCGCAAGUUUCCAGAAGGUGUACGAAGAACUGCCCAACCAUCUGACCCCCAAAAUGGCGGAUUCGUUGUCCCCGGCGGUUGCCUUCUAUUCUGUUUUGCAUUUGGCCAACGAUUCGAAGAUGCGGCUUAUUCCACAAGAAGACUUAAAGGAUUUUAAAAUACGCAAAAUCUUGGACUAGAAACUUUGAAUAAUUUGUGUUGAAUUUAUAUUGUUAAUUCAUAAUAAUUCAUUCUAAAAUUUACUCAUUUAAUAAAGUCUAAUCGAGGACCCUCCCUUGUGUUUU